CUCUCUGACUCUGGGAGUGGCACUUGGAGGCAAUUGAGACAAGCAGAACAGGGGAAUGGGUUGCUUUCCUUGUUCUGGAAAAUCGAGCAAAAAUCUCCACAAAAAGCACAACGACAGACCUAAGGAUCGGAUCGCAUCAACCACUUCAGGAAAUUAAUGACAAGUGUACUUCUGUAAUUGUCCUGUCAUUCCAAUGAAACCUGCUUUUGGCAUUUGCUUAUGUCAUUUACUGUUGUUAGACAAAGUGAAGUUAAACUUAGCUGGUGAUGUAAAGGAGGCAUCUUUAAAGGAGGGCUUCACAGAUGGAGGUUCUGAAUCUUCUGAUCACAUUGCAGCACAUGCAUUCACGUUUCGUGAAUUGGCUGCUGCAACAAAGAAUUUCCGGGCAGAUUGUCUUUUGGGAGAAGGAGGAUUUGGCCGAGUAUAUAAAGGGCGGCUGGAGAGUACUCAUCAGGUUGCUGCCGUCAAGCAACUUGACCGCAACGGGCUUCAAGGAAACAGAGAAUUCCUUGUUGAAGUUUUGAUGUUGAGCCUCCUUCAUCAUCCUAAUCUUGUAAACUUAAUAGGUUACUGUGCUGAUGGGGAUCAGAGAUUAUUGGUCUAUGAAUACAUGCCACUUGGAUCAUUGGAAGACCAUCUACAUGACUUGCCACCUGAUAGGAAACGACUUGACUGGAAUACAAGAAUGAAGAUAGCUGCUGGUGCUGCAAAGGGAUUGGAGUAUUUGCAUGACAAAGCUAACCCUCCAGUUAUAUAUCGUGAUUUGAAAUGCUCCAAUAUUUUACUUAGUGACGACUACCAUCCUAAACUGUCUGAUUUUGGCCUGGCCAAAUUGGGUCCAGUAGGGGAUAACACCCAUGUAUCAACUAGAGUGAUGGGAACCUAUGGAUAUUGUGCUCCUGAAUAUGCAAUGACAGGUCAGCUUACACUGAGAUCGGAUGUUUAUAGCUUUGGGGUUGUCCUCCUUGAGAUUAUCACUGGCAGAAGAGCUAUAGAGCAUUCAAGAGGUGCUGCAGAGCAUAAUAUGGUUGCAUGGGCACGGCCUUUGUUUAAUGAUCGGAGGAAAUUCUCAUUGAUGCCUGACCCUCUUCUCCAAGGCCAAUAUCCUAUGAGGGGGUUAUACCAAGCUCUUGCUGUUGACGCAAUGUGUGUUCAAGAAGAGCCUACUAUGAGACCUCUUAUAGCUGAUGUUGUAACUGCUCUUUCUUACCUUGCUUCCCAGAAAUAUAAUCCAGAAACCCAGCCAGUCCAGAAUUCUCACUCAGGCUCUUCCACUCCUAGAUCCCGAAGAGAACGGUGAAUAUUUUGUGUUGAUAUUAAAGCCUUAAAAGUAGACAAAGACAGGAAAAUCCUUCGAAGCCCCUGAGAGAAAUGUUGCAUGAGCUAGCUCGCUGGAGUGCUAUUUUCAGGAUGUCGAGUCCAAAUGGAUUCCGUUGAUUCAGAGUCACUGGAUGGAUGUUCAGUGUUAUGCUACUCUCUCUCUCUGUUGAUCAAAUUUUGCAUCACUCCAGGUAGCAA